CCCUCUCGCCGCGUUGCCGGUGCCUGCGCCGCCCGCCUCACUCCCUUGUGUCCCGGCAGAGGCCCGGGCGGCCAGCACGAGCACCGGCGACCAUGUUCCGACGCAAGCUCACGGCCCUGGACUACCACAACCCUGCAGGCUUCAACUGCAAAGAUGAAACAGAAUUUAGAAACUUCAUUGUUUGGCUUGAAGACCAGAAAAUUAGACACUACAAGAUUGAAGACAGAGGUAACCUGAGAAAUAUCCACAGCAGUGACUGGCCCAAGUUCUUCGAAAAGUAUCUCAAAGAUGUUAACUGUCCUUUCAAGAUUCAGGAGCGACAGGAAGCAAUUGACUGGCUUCUUGGUUUAGCUGUUAGACUUGAAUAUGGAGAUAAUGCUGAAAAAUACAAGGACUUAGUACCCGAUAACAGGAAAAAUACUGACAACACAGCUAAAAAUGCAGAGCCAUUGAUCAACCUGGACGUAAAUAAUCCUGAUUUUAAGGCUGGUGUCAUGGCUCUGGCUAACCUUCUUCAGAUUCAGCGUCAUGAUGAUUACUUGGUAAUGCUUAAGGCAAUUCGCAUUUUGGUUCAGGAGCGUCUAACACAGGAUGCAGUUGCUAAAGCAAAUCAAACGAAAGAGGGCUUACCUGUUGCUUUAGACAAACAUAUUCUUGGCUUUGACACAGGAGUGUUCUUGUCUUAUAACAGAUGCAGUUCUGAACGAAGCGGCUCAGAUCUUGCGAUUGCUGCACAUAGAAGAGCUCAGAGAGCUACAGACGAAAAUCAAUGAAGCCAUAGUAGCUGUUCAGGCAAUCAUUGCUGACCCAAAGACAGACCACAGACUGGGGAAAGUCGGAAGAUGAGCACAUCAGGAUUUCAGCUUCUCGCCUGCCUAGUGUGAUGGGAACCAUGUGCAUCGGCAUGUGUUUGGAAAUCAAAUGUCACAUUUUCGAGGGAGGAAUCCCAGGAAAUUGGCCAUGUUCUAGAGAUUUACCACCAUUGCUUUUUUUUUUUCUUUAAUAAAGUUGGGGAAAGUAA